UUUCCUGUUAGAGAAAUAAUGGUGGAAAACACUGUAAAUUUUGUUUUUUAAAGAAUCUAGGGAUACUUUCCCAUUUCCAUAAGCAUCCCUAGAAUCUUCAUUGAGUUUUAUCUGGGCGUCUUCCUUUGCAUCAUCCAGAAGAGAAAACAGAAAUGAAGCACUGGGGUCUGGUUUUCUUGGUGGUUCUUCUCGUUCAAAAACAGGGGAUUUUUCUCCCAGUUGAAGCAGAUGAAGGGUUCAUAACUACGAAAGGAGUGCAAUUUAUAUUGAAUGGAAGUCCAUUCUAUACAAAUGGAUUCAACGCCUACUGGCUCAUGUAUUUUGCCACUGACCCUUCUACGAGAAACAAAGUCUCCUCUGUUUUUCAAGAAGCUAAAGACCAUGGCCUUACACUGGCAAGAACCUGGGCUUUCAAUGAUGCUCAGGACAGAGCUCUGCAAACCUCUCCUGGCUCCUACAAUGAACAGACCUUCCAGGGAUUGGAUUUUGUAAUAUCUGAAGCUAAGAGAUAUGCGAUUAAGCUAGUGUUGAGUUUGGUGAACAAUUAUGAGAACUUUGGAGGAAAAAAGCAGUACGUGAACUGGGCAAGGAGUGAGGGGCAGUCUGUAUCAUCCGAUGAUGAUUUCUUUACAAACUCUGUAAUCAAAGGAUACUACAAAAAUCAUAUCAAGACUGUUCUUACAAGGCGUAAUACAAUCACCGGAGUUUCUUACAAAGAUGAACCCACGAUAAUGGCUUGGGAGCUUAUGAAUGAACCCAGGUGCACCUCAGAUCCGUCAGGACGAACCAUUCAGGCUUGGAUCACAGAGAUGGCUUCUUACUUGAAAUCCAUAGAUGGCAACCACUUAUUAGAAGCAGGGUUGGAAGGGUUUUAUGGCCAAUCUUCAUCUCAAAAACAGCAAUACAAUCCAAAUUUUCAAAUAGGGACAGAUUUCAUUGCUAACAAUCAGAUCCCUGGUAUUGAUUUUGCCACAGUUCACUCUUAUCCUGAUCAAUGGCUGCCUAAUUCAGACAGACAGAGCCAGGAAUCUUUUUUGAACAGUUGGCUCAGCAAUCACAUCCAGGAUGCACAGAACAUUCUUCGGAAGCCGGUUCUCUUUGCUGAGUUCGGAAAAUCAUCAAGAACCUCAGAUUAUAACCAAAGAGACCAGCUGUUCAACACAAUCUACUCAGCGAUUUAUUCAUCGGCUAGGGGCGGAGGUGCAGCUGCUGGUGGCAUGUUCUGGCAACUUUUCACCAAAGGAAUGGACUCAUUCCGAGAUGGCUAUGAGGUAAUCUUCAGUGAGAACCCCGUAACAGCUGCCAUCAUAGCUGAUCAGUCUCAAAAGCUUAAUAAGAUUCGAAAGAUGUACGCGAGACUCAGAGACAUCGAGGAGUGGAAUAGAGCGCGGGGAAUUAGAAGCGCGAAGUGGACUGCAAACAAUAGCAGCAAUAUAAAGAAUUGAGUGAAGCAUAUAAAAUAUGAACACUACAUAUGUCAUGAAGUUUCAAGUGUGUAUUUUAUCCCUUGAACAUAUACUGCUCAUCCAGGAGAUUUCUCACUGUUCUUUUCUCCUUGAUAUUUAAUUGGGACCUUCCCUUCUGCAA